CACCGUGCCGGAACGUUCCGGAACCGCCCUCAGGGAGGAGCUGCCCGAGUCGGCGUCGCGGCACCAGCUGCUGGGGCUGAACCUGCUGUUCCUGCUGUCCCAGAACCGCGUGGCCGAGUUCCACACCGAGCUGGAGCGGCUGCCGGCGCCCGACAUCCAGGGGAACCUCUUCAUCCGGCACCCCGUGUCCCUGGAGCAGUACCUGAUGGAGGGCAGCUACAACAAAGUGUUCCUGGCCAAGGGCAACAUCCCAGCGGAGAGCUACACCUUCUUCAUCGACAUCCUGCUGGACACCAUCAGGGACGAGAUCGCCGGCUGCAUCGAGGCCGCCUACGAGCGGAUCCUGUUCCCCGAGGCGGCGCGCAUCCUCUUCUUCAGCUCGCCCCGCAAAAUGACCGACUACGCCAAAAAGCGGGGCUGGGUGCUGGGCCCUUCCAACUAUUACAGCUUCGGGGGGCGGCAGCAGAAAGCCGAGGACCCCCCGAUCCCCUCCACGGAAUUGGCCACGCAGGUGAUCGAGUACGCCCGGCAGCUGGAGAUGAUCGUCUGAGGGCCCCCCGGAUAAACGGCAGAAUUCCCCACGAUUUCCUCUUUAUUCCCCCUUUUUUUCCGCGUUUUUUUCGGGGCUUUCGGAAGGUUUAAAGUGGUUUUUUUGUUGGUUUUUUUCGGAGGGGGUUGAACCGUCAGAGGCGCCCCUCACGUUGAGACCGCCAAAUUCCCCCACGAGCCCCUGUUUGUUCUCCUUGGGUUUUUUUCCCUUAUUUUAUUGCGUUUUUGGGGGGUGUUGCGAGGGUUUUGAAGUAUUUGGGGGGGGGGGGGG